GGGGCGGGCCUUGCCCCGCGCGGCGCGGCCGAGCUGGCUUCGGGUCCCUCGCGCGUCACCCCCGGCGACCUCUGGCUCUGCCCCCUCGGGACAGGACUGCACAGGACGCCCUCGGCCUCCCGCGUCCGGCGGGAGAGCGGCGCCACUACCGCGCCCGCCGGUGCUCCCCGCCCGCCUCCGCCUCUCCCGGGAGCUCGCCGGCCUGCGGGCGCCGGCGGAGGGGCGCGGCCGUCGCCGCCUCCUGCAGUUCCCGUUCCGGGCCGCGCCGCAGCGGCCACCGCGCUCCCGAGCAGCCGCCCGCUCCCCGGCGCACCUGGCAUCUGCUCUGGCUUCCAGAAGCUGCGAGGCUUGCAAACCUAGGGCCAAAUUUUCCACAGUGACCAGCUAUAUGGGCAAAGUCACUAAAACAUAGAAGACACCUGGAGAACAUCUUUGUGGAUCCAUUUUCUCUCUUGGCACUGCAGGCUUGAGAAAUGCAUGUUUUUCAGGGUGCUGUGGGACAGUGAAAAGGAAAGGCAAAAGCCUGGGGACUGAGAAGAGGGCGCUGGAGCCUGAUGGUUCUUCUGCCAGGAAGACACAUGCAGCCGAAGAUGAAUUUGGGGGAAGCAGCUGCUUGCUACCUGAGCUAUGGAAAAGCAGGGCCAUCGUGAGAUGGAAGGUGACCCAUCCGAGUCUCACUCCUGUAUUAGAUUGUUGAAGGUCAACCGGGAACUUCUAGUCACGCACAUCCGCAACAUUCAGUGUUUAGUGGACAAUUUGCUGAAGAAUGACUAUUUCUCAGCAGAGGACGCGGAGAUCGUGUAUGCCUGCCCCACCCAACCUGACAAGGUCCGAAAAAUCCUGGAUCUGGUUCAGAGCAAGGGUGAGGAGGUGUCUGAAUUCUUCCUCUACGUGCUGCAGCAGCUUGCAGAUGCUUACGUGGACCUCAGGCCAUGGCUGUUGGAAAUCGGCUUUUCUUCUUCACAGCUCAUUCAGUGCAAAACUAUUGUCAACACUGACCCAGUGAGCAGGUACACCCAGAAGCUGCGACACCAGCUGGGCUGCGAUUCCAAGUUCAUGCUGUGCUACGCUCAGAAGGAGGAGCUGCUGCUGGAAGAGACGUACACAGACACCAUCAUGGAGCUGGUGAGCUUCAGCAACGAGAUCCUGGGCAGCUUGAGCAGCCUGGCCUGCCUGCUGGACCCCGGCUCGGACGUCCUCAACGAGCACGGCGAGACAGUGUUCGUGUUCGGCGACGCGGGCGUGGGCAAGUCCAUGCUGCUGCAGCGGCUGCAGAGCCUCUGGGCCUCGGGCCGGCUGGGCGCUGACAUCAAGUUCUUCUUCCAUUUCCGCUGCCGCAUUUUCAGCUGCUUCAAGGAGAGUGACACGCUGAGUCUGCAGGACCUGCUCUUCAAGCACUUCUGCUACCCAGAGCAGGACCCCGACGAGGUGUUCGCCUUCCUGCUGCGCUUUCCCCAAACAGCGCUCUUCACUUUCGACGGCCUGGACGAGUUGCACUCGGACUUCGACCUGAGCCGCGUGCCGGACACCUGCAGCCCCUGGGAGCCUGCGCACCCGCUGGUGCUGUUGGCCAACCUGCUGGGCGGGAGGCUGCUCCAGGGCGCGCGAAAGCUGCUCACUGCGCGCACCGGUGUCGAGUUGCCGCGCCAGCUCCUACGCAAGAAGGUGCUGUUGCGGGGCUUCUCAGCCGGCCACCUGCGCGCCUACGCCCGCAGGAUGUUUCCCGAGCGCGCGGUGCAGGCCCAGCUUCUGCAGCAGCUGGAGGCCAACCCCAACCUCUGCAGCUUGUGCGCUGUGCCGCUCUUCUGCUGGAUCAUCUUCCGCUGCUUCCAGCACUUCCAUGUCGCCUUCGAGGGCUCCCCGCAGCAGCCCGACUGCGCCGUGACACUGACGGACGUCUUCCUACUGGUCACGGAGGUCCACCUGAACAGGGUGCAGCCCAGCAGUCUCGUGCAGCGCAACACGCGCAGCACAGCCGAGACGUUCUGCGCGGGCCUGCGCACGCUGCGUUCCCUGGGCCGGGUGGCCCGCGGCGGCAUGGAGCGCAGCCUCUUCGUGUUCUGCCACGACGACGUGGUGGCCUCCGGGUUGCAGGAGGCAGACCUGGCGCUCGGCUUCCUGCGGAGCGUGCCCACGCCGGGCCCCUACGGCGGACAGCAGUCCUACGAGUUUUUCCAUGUCACCCUGCAGGCCUUCUUCACUGCCCUCUUCCUCGUGCUGGACGACACGGUGGGCACGCGCGAGCUGCUCCACUUCUUCCGCGAGUGGGCGCCACCCGGGGAGGCCGCGCCAGCGUCCUGCCUGCCUUCCCUGCUCCCUUUCCAGCGCUGGCGAAGCGGCCGCCCCGCAGGCUCCGACCUGUUCAAGAACAAGGACCACUUUCAGUUCACCAACCUCUUCCUGUGCGGGCUGCUGUCCAAGGCCCGGCAGGAGUUGCUGUGGCGCCUGGUGCCCGCCGCCACCCUGCGGAGGAAGCGCCGAGCGCUGUGGAUGCACCUGCGCGCCAGCGUGCGCGGCUACCUGAGGAGCCUGCCGCGGCUGCAGAGCGGGGGCUUCAACCAGGUGCAGGCCAUGCCCACCUUCCUGUGGAUGCUGCGCUGCAUCUACGAGACACAGAGCCAGAAGGUGGCGCGCCUGGCUGCCCGCGGCAUGUGCGCUGACUACCUCAAGCUGACUUUCUGCAACGCCUGCUCCGCGGACUGCAGCGCGCUCUCCUUCGUCCUGCACCACCUCCACAAGCGCCUGGCCCUCGACCUGGACAACAACAAUCUCAACGACUAUGGCGUGCGCGAGCUGCAGCCCUGCCUCAGCCGUCUCACCGUCCUCAGACUCAGCGUCAACCAGAUCACUGACAGUGGGGUAAAGGUGCUGUGUGAAGAACUGACCAAGUACAAAAUUUUGACAUAUUUGGGUUUGUACAGCAACCAGAUCACCGAUGUCGGAGCCAAGUAUGUCGCCCAGAUCCUAGAGGAAUGCAAAGGCCUCACACACCUUAAACUGGGAAAAAACAAAAUAACGAGUGAAGGUGGCAAGCGUCUUGCCCUGGCCGUGAAGAGCAGCACUUGGAUCUGUGACAUUGGGAUGUGGGGCAAUCAGAUCGGAGAUGAAGGAGCAAAAGCCUUCGCAGAAGCGUUGAAGAAUCACCCCAGUCUGAAAUUCCUGAGUCUCGCAUUCAACGGCAUCUCUACGGAAGGAGGGAAGAGCCUUGCCCAGGCCCUGUGGCACAACACAUCUCUGAUGACAUUCUGGCUGACUCAAAACGAACUCAACGAUGAGGUGGCAGAGAGCUUCGCAGAAACACUAAGGGUCAACCAGACGCUGAAGCAUUUAUGGCUUAUCCAGAACCAGAUCACAGCCAAGGGGACUGCCCAGCUGGCAAAGGCACUACAGGACAACACUGGCAUAAUGGAGAUUUGUCUCAAUGGAAACUUGAUAAAACCAGAGGAGGCCAAAGCCUUUGAAGAGGAGAAGCGGCUCAUCUGUUUCUGAGCAGACUUUCCCAUGUGGGGUCUUCGCCCUGGUAGCUUCUCAGCACCGGAUGCCGUUCUGCACAGCUGGCAUGUGCCAUGCCCUGCUGCAAGAGGGCCGUGGAGGUCCCACUGCUCCACCAAGCAAACCAACCUCCUUGAAGAGGCCCAGCUGGCAGGUGCCCUGCCAGGCAGUUGUGAGGAUUCUGCAGAAGCUGAGUGUGUCUUGUGAGCCAUUGUAGUUACUGCCACACAGUGACACACUUUCUCUCCUGUGAAGAGACUUACUCGCUUAUCCACAGCUGUUUUAUCUGAAUCCAUGGGAAUAAGACAGAGGAGAACAAAAGACGCUAACCUCAGCUUGCACAGGUGCUGUCCUGAGAACCCUCUGGAGCAUGGGUCUCUGAUGUCUUCUUGGAAGAGCUGAGGAUGUGUUGCCAAAUUUCUUGGAAAGAAGAUACUCCAUGAGCAUGAGGUGUUGUGGCUGAACCCAGGCCUGCCUCUUCUUCUCCUGGGUUGCUACUGAUCCCACUUCACAGCUGUAGACACUGAGGUGUAAGCAGUGGAGACUGGGCUCAGCCACGUUCCUUGGGGUUGCAGGAGCCCAUCAGAGGCCUUGGUGUUGGUCCUGGAGUCUUCCCGCAUGCUUAAGCAGAUCAGAGCAUGCCCUUUUAGCUGGUCUAAGAGUGUGGAUGGUGCCUUCAUGCUGUGGUGUUACUACUCUGGCUGUCUGCUGUGUCAGCUGACCUCCAUGGAAGACUGCAUCCCGGGGUGACACCCCUGUUCCAGGAAGAAGUCAUGCAUUUGCUUCAAAUGGGACCUGGCAUCCAAAUGGAAGCCCUUCUCUCCUUGGCUCUUGAAGGGGGAAGUCUCUACCUGCCCCUGAGCCAUUGGAGGGAAAUUGCAUAUGGCCAGGAUGCAGUGAACUGGCUCCCAACUCCACCAGAAAAGCAUGGUAUUCAGACACCCACCACCAAGACCGGCACGUGGCAGAUGCUGAGCGGGGCUGGGGUGGUGAUAUUCUAAAUAACUCGCUCUUUACUAUCUCAUUUGUUAAUAAAAUAAUGAAAAUGCUA